AUGACUCUUAUCUUGACAACUCUCAUACUGUUUUUGAGGCUCACCCUUGCAUCAUCAAUUCGACAACUAGGUACUCAUCCGCCACCUGUUUUACCUGAUGGUACAAUCGUUUCCCCUCAAUAUAUGGGCUGUAUCAACGAGCAAAGAUUCUACAACUUGAUCGCCAACGGAACUGGUCUUGCUUCAGGUUUAACAAGUAUCCAGUCGGAUAAGGGGCUUUGUACCGAAUACUGCACUCGACAAGGUCCCAUCUAUAGCGACGCUUAUUAUCGUCAAGCAAGUCAACAGUGCUAUUGCGCCGAAUACCUUUCGCCCACCACAACCAGUAAUAUGGCAGAAGCGUUAGAUUCAUAUGGCAGUUGCAGAUCAGCCGAUGCGAGCAUCCUGUUCAUUGAGAUUUGCGUUUAUGCUAACUCGAUCGCGACCGUGUAG